AUGCCUUCCAGCCUCGGCUGGCGCGCUCUGGCGCUAUUUCUGGCUGCCCUCACUCCCCUGGCACACGCUGAUAUUUGCUCGACCCUCGAGGCCGGUGGCAUUGAUGUCGAAUAUCCACUGUCGCUUGACUACUCGACCGACUUGACGAAAUAUUGGUCUGCCGCCUGCGGUGAUCUCAAGCCAACAUGCAUUGCCGCGCCGUCCAGUGCAGCUGAGAUGUCGCAGGUAAUCAAGGAGCUGCACAAUGUUGAGACUUUGUUUGCGGUCAAGUCCGGGGGUCAUAUGCCAAACAAUGGUUUCGCUAGUAUUCAGGAUGGUCUUUUGGUUUCGACGAAGAAUUUGGAUCAAGUCUUCUACAACCCAGACGAUGAGACCGCUGUGAUUGGACCUGGUCUUUCGUGGGAGGAAGCACAGAAAGGGCUGGAUGGGACCGGUCGAGCUGUGGUGGGUGGCCGACUUGGAGGCGUAGGCAUUGGAGGGUAUAUGCUCGGAGGCGGAAUGAGCUUCCUGAGCACUCAGUAUGGCUGGGCUGCCAACAAUGUCAAGGAGUAUGAGGUCGUGCUGGCCAACGGUACGGUAGUUAAUGCCAAUGCGAAGGAGAACACCGACCUUUUCGCUUCUCUCAAGGGGGGUGGUAACAAUUUCGGUGUCGUCACCGCAUACACCAUGGAGACGCACCCUUCCAGCAAGGUCUGGGGCGGCAACUAUAUCUUUACUGCGGACAAGACACCCCAGCUUCUGACGGCGCUGCGCAACUUUGCGGAUGAUUACCCCGAUGAUAAGGCGGCGAUUAUUUUGACAUCGGAGCACGGUGCGGUGAUUGAUUUGUGGAUCAUGUUCCUCUUUUACGAUGGCCCCGAGCCUCCAGCGGGCGUAUUCGACGAGUUCACUGCGAUCGACCACACGUCCACCACCAAGACUUGGGACACCUAUUACGACUUGCUCAAGAACAAUGAUUUUGCCAUUCUUCACGGACAACGCUAUACCAUCGCGACCGAGACGACACCUGUUCCCAACAAGACCAUCGGUACUUCUGUGCUGCAGGAGUACUACGAACACUGGUUCGACGUGACUAAUACUGUGCUUGAUGUCACUGGCGCUCUAGGAUCCAUCGCUUUCCAGCCGGUGCCCAAGACCUUCUCCCAGAAGGCCAAGGACCGUGGCGGAGAUCUUCUGAAUGUUCCGACAGACACAAACUACAUCUUCAUCGAGCUCGACUUCUCAUACUCUUUCUCCAUAGAUGAUGACAAGAUCGACCAGGCGAAUCAGAACCUCUACCAGGGGAUGGGCAAUCUGGUGCAGAAGAAUAUCGACGAGGGUCUUUUGCCCGAUGUGUACCGACCACUCUUCAUGAAUGACGCCUACUUCCGCCAGGACUACUGGGGACGCAUUGAUCCUGCAUCGCGGAAGUCGGCGCUUGAGACGCGGUUGCGCUAUGAUCCUGAUGGCUUCCUCCAGAAGCGAACCAGCGGUGGCUGGAGACUCAGCUAA